GCAUGUGCAAUGCUGCGAGCGCGCCGGUGGCGCCCUUCCCCCACCUCCCGCCGCGAGUGGGUGACAGGGCUCCGGUCUCCUCGCGUUUUAGCCGCCACGCGCCGUGACCCGGCCUGGCACUGAGCCACGAGCGGAGGCUGUGCCCCUCCAGUUCUGCCUUCAUAGUUCUCUGCCUUCACCCAAAAGCUGUAGAAAAUGAACAAAUCCCAGGGAUCAGUGUCAUUUACGGAUGUGACUGUGGACUUCACCCAGGAGGAAUGGGAGCAACUGGACCCCUCCCAGAGGAUCCUCUACAUGGACGUGAUGCUGGAGAAUUACAGCAACUUACUAUCAGUGGAGGUAUGGAAGGCUGAUGACCAGAUGGAGAGGGACCACAGGAACCCAGAUGAGCAGGCAAGGCCAUUUAUAAUCUUUAAGAACCAAACCUCAAUUGAAGAAAGAGAUAAUCUCUUUGGAAAAACAUUUAAUCUUAGCACAGACUUUGUUUCUUUAAGACAAGUACCCUAUAAAUAUGACUUAUAUGAAAAAACUUUGAGAUAUAAUUCAGACUUACUUACUAGCGAUAGAAGCUAUAUAAGAAAGAAAGAUGAAGACUGUAAUGGAUUUGGAAAAGCACUCCUCUAUCUGAAGCAAGAGAAAACCCAUACUGGAGUGGAAUACUCUGAAUAUAAUAGAAGUGGAAAAGCCUUCAGCCAUAAAGAAGGCAUUUUUAAACACCAGAAAAUCAGAAAUUUGGUGCAACCUUUUAUCUGUAAUUAUUGUGACAAGGCGUUCUCAUUUAAAUCACUCCUGAUUAGUCAUAAGAGAAUACAUACUGGAGAAAAACCUUAUGAAUGUAAUGUGUGUAAGAAAACCUUCUCCCAUAAAGCAAACCUCAUUAAACAUCAGAGAAUCCAUACUGGGGAGAAACCCUUUGAAUGUCUUGAAUGUGGAAAAGCUUUCACCCACCAGUCAAACCUCAUUGUACACCAGCGAGCACAUAUGGAGAAGAAGCCCUACGAAUGCAGUGAAUGUGGCAAGACCUUUGCCCAGAAAUUUGAACUUACUACACACCAGAGAAUUCAUACCGGAGAACGACCCUAUGAGUGUAAUGAAUGCGCCAAAACCUUCUUCAAGAAAUCAAACCUCAUUAUACACCAGAAAAUUCACACAGGGGAGAAACGCUAUGAGUGCAGUGAAUGUGGAAAAUCCUUUAUCCAGAACUCACAACUCAUUAUACAUAUGAGAACUCAUACCGGAGAAAAGCCCUAUGAAUGUACUGAAUGCGGCAAAACAUUCAGCCAGAGGUCAACUCUUAGAUUACAUUUGCGAAUCCACACAGGAGAGAAACCAUAUGAGUGUUCUGAAUGUGGGAAGGCCUUCAGCAGGAAGUCCCGACUCAGUGUCCAUCAGAGGGUUCAUACCGGGGAUAAACCCUGAGACUGCAGCCAGGUUGUACUGUGAGAA